AUGAAUGCAUAGUUUGAUAUGCGUUUUAAUAGUUGUGAAAAUGAGCAGCGAUGUGUCUAAAAAAUGGACCAAACAGCUAAGCAGACAAAACAGCACAAGUCAGAUUACGCGGCCGAAAAAGGCAUCUUCUUGCUCCGGGAAGGAUUCCGGAAAGACCACAACAGCAGUCACGCAUUAUGACCUACCAUUUUCAGAGAAAGAGAACGUUCUCCUGUCAACAGAAGAUGGAACAAAUGGUUCUGCUGGAGAAGAUGAACAGCAGUCUAUGAAGCUGGCAAUAGAUGGAGCGACGAGUGAGUUUAAACUGGUGAAAAAAGUAGCGGAGUUGACGCAAGUAGUUCACAUGUUGUUCAGAAGCAGUCACUGUCUCGAAACAGAACUGAGUCUGGCUAAGGAGAGGAGCACGCAGGAGGUGGACAGAUUAAUCAACACUUAUGACAGUCAAGUAAACGAGCUACAGAAUCAGAUUAGGGAGAAAGGCGAGAGAAUAAAAGAGCUGGAGAGGAGGCUGAGUGGAGUUGGAAGUGAGCAGGAGGCCCAGAUGAGACUGCGGGAGUUUGAUCUGGACCAGACCAGACGACAGGUGGAACAGCUCACGGCCAACUGCGCAAAACUCACCGCCAGUCUAGAGGAUUCAAGAGAAGUGAACAUGAACUUGGCCAAAGAGUUAGAAGAGAGCAGAGAACAGUCGGCGCAGAAGAGCUACUUGAUGGGAGAUCUGCAGACACAAGUGGAAGCACUCACCAAACACACUCACUCACUCGCCUCGCAAAAACGGGACCUGGAAGCUAGAAUGAAGUUAACAGAGGAGCAAGCAGACAAAGAAAAGGGGGAGCUGCUUGCUAAAUGUGCUGAGAAAGACACAAGGUUAGAUGAGCAGAGCAGGAUUAUCGGCCAGUUGAGAGAGCGACUGGGAAAACUGGAGAGGUGGUACAAGGACAACAACAAUGGGGAGGAUCCGGAUAGCCCCCCGAAUGGACUCACCCGCCGGAACACCAGAACACAGGACAUGGACGAGAGUCUUGAGGUGGCCAGACUGAGACGGGAGUUGAAGCAGGCGAGGCUGGAACUGCUGAACAGAGAGAGCAACUUCAACAGGGUAUUCACUCAAGUACAGCCAGUACACGUCACAUCCAGCAGUGAUCAGAAGUGGCUUCCAAACAUUACCACCUCCUCUUCCUCCGCGUCUCCCGCUGCCAGCAGAGUGCAGUCGGAACAGAAGCAGAGCUCAUCCGCAUCUGCGUCUUCUUCGAUUGCAGUGCGGGGGUCUCAAACCAGAAGAGGCAUCCUCCUCAACACCCCCAUGCACAGUCGAGUAAGAAAGACAGGGACAAAUUCAAACAAUAACAGCCACUUCCCAAUGCCUACACAGUCUUCUCUUUCCACAUCCGCAGAGUUCAGAUCACUCACAAGGAAGAGCUCCUCUUUCCUAUGACCUCUGACAACACACACACACACACACACACCAAUACGCUUCAACUCUAUUUUGAACCCUUGUAUCGUUUGAAUCACACAUUUCAAUUGUUGUUUUUUCUCUUUUUAC